AAUAACAAAAUGUGUGUAGAUCUACCAGUGUUGACAAGAUGUUGUAUGUGUUUUCCAUUACGAUAUGGCUUGCUUGUAUGGGGUUAUAUCAGAUUGUGCUUAGGCCUUGCCUUUCUGACCACUCUUACGACAGGUUUCAUAGAACUACUAAACACAGAACGGAAACCUCAUGACGAUUUAGACACGAACUUAGCAAUCGUAGGAACACUCAUAGUAUUGACUUCUACUGAUGUAGUACUGAAUGCUUUGUUUAUCAUCGGAGGACAUUUGAAAAACCUGAGGUUAUUAAGAGCUUACUAUAUCUACAACAUCAUGUUCCUUAUUCUGAUGAUAUUGUUCGGCCUCCUUACGAUAGCGAAUUGUCUCACUUACAUACCAAUUGUUAACGAAGAGAAUGUAUUUUUUGUUUUGCUCGUCGUACUGUUCUAUAUCGUUUUUAUAGGACAUUUAGUGAUACAAUAUUACAUUAUUCUGCUAAUAAGAAGUGAGAUAGUAAAACUAAGGAACAACUGUGAACUCGGGUUUGUUAACAACGCUGCACAACUUGAGAUGCAGUAUGAAACAGAUGGAGUGAAUACCACGAACGACAGUGGAAAUAAAAAUAUUGAAGACGAUACGGAACAGAAAAAUAAUAAAGUCACUUAAUAAUUGGUAAAAAUAAGUGAUAUUAUGAUA